CAAAACUGGGGACCACGACAUCGAUGCCGAGAAACGAAAUGCCGUCACAUGCUCCCCAAAGGCUCUGGCAACAAUGCUGCCCGUUUGUGCCAUCGGCUGUUAUGACUUCCUCUUCAUGACACGUUUCCUAUGGUGCUGAUGCUGUAACCAGUGAGACCAUUGUUUGAAGUGACAAGUAAAAAAAGAUACAGACAGUAGUUUUUCUCCCCUACGUUACCCUCUAUCCGUGUUUAGAGGCAGUGUAAUUGCAAAUUUUACCCCACAACUUCUUCCUCUAUACGUGGCAUAUACAAAUGCUCAGGAGUUUUUUUCAUGGUACUGUGAGGCUGCGAAAUAUUACAUUACAUCCUUAGGCCAGAAUGAUAGCUGAGCGAACGUCGAGUGCUUCGAUAGACAGGCCAGGCUUAGGACGAGCUUAAUCUGGGAUGAAACAAAGCCAAGUGGCUUCUCUAUUGAUCAUUAUAUUUUUAGAUCACUAAAGCAGUUUUGCUCUAGCUGCGGGAAACACCACGUUUCCUUCGAGCCAGUGAACUAUGUAUGGACGUUCGGCCAUGGAACACCAAACAUUCUCGAGUACGCCCUUGCAUUCUUCGAGGGAACUAUGUAUUCUCAUGAUUUUAUUUGCUUCAAGUGGGCACAUGACUGUAGGUGAAAGCGUCGGCACGGUUCCAAAGCUUCUUGCGGAAACGCAGACCAGUGAUCUAAGUGCGGCAAAGAUCGUGGACAGUCAAACGCUAUUUGGGGCGACUGACGCCGUUCCGAAAUAUCCGUCCAGCGGCCCAAGCGCAGUUCUGAAAGGAGCUCCAGCUUCCACCGUGACUUCAAUAAAAACAACGGACACUGUCGGACACCUCUCUGGCGAAAAGUGGGGCGCCUCCGCGAAAUCAACGACCACUGAUAGUACGAAGACUUCUGUGAUCAGUGCUUCAAACGUAUCAACGAUAACGAACCGGACUGUGGUUGAAGCUGCCAGUGUUACGCAAUACUCGACGGGUGCUGGUGCAACGGCAGCGAGGAACACCACUCAGCCACAAGAGACCUCGAGGAUACGGUCUGUGAUCACGAAGGCCCUGCCGGCCAUGAGCGGCCGACUCAUGCGGCGGCUCCUGCAGGCUGACAUAUCGGCAGAAUGCAGCCUCGGUGUGCUCCACUUUAUGCGUGCCAUUCAGACCCUUGAACCAUGGGCCUUCAGACUGGUGGACGCAACGGCUAAAUACCCGACUGGGCUCCUGCAAGCAUCCACUGCCAAUUUGGGAGCUUAUGACGAGUGCAUAGAAACUGUAGCGAGGGAUGAAUACGGCAUAGAGAAAGCACGUGGACAGUACUGCAACGUGCAUCUCUCUAUUGGAGAAGACAGCCCCAUCAUCACCGAGAUAAUGCCAGCUGUUAUGCUCUCUCACAAAAGGACAAUAAACUUCACGGAGUACAUGACUGACGAAAGACUGCCUGGGCUACGUCUUGGGAUAUGCUUCAUCGCUGCCUGCAGCGAGCAAGACCUUUCUAACAUCGGUCACAGCUUAAUAGGGCCUUCUACCAGAAUUACUGUGAAGAACUGCGUCACAAGUGUGGACGGCGGCGUUACCAGCACUCAGGCCUGGAUCUUAACAUUUUUAGCCCUUCUUGUAACGGCAGUUGUUGCCGCAACAGCCUUCGAAGUACUCACGAAUAAAUGGGACAUUAAGCGAAAGGAUGCAGUGCCCUACAAAUGCAUUGUAGCAUUCUCCGUACUGACAAACACUAGGAUAAUCCUGAAGGUCAACGAGGACAAGUGUUCCGAUAGCUACGCUUUUCGCUUUGUCCAUGGCAUCCGGUUUUUGAGCAUUUUCUGGAUUUGCCUGGGGCAUUCCUACGCAAUCAUCACUGAAAAUAUAACAAGGCUACUAAACGCUCUGCACUAUUUCGAGCGUUGGGAAACGAUGAUUGUAACAGCUGGCUAUCAAGGGGUGGACAGUUUCUUCUUUUUCAGCGGAUUUCUGCUCUACUUUGUGCUCCGGAAACAAAAACACGAUCAACUAGUCGUUGCUAUAGUCGCAAUUUUACGACGCUUUAUUAGGUGCACCGUACCCUUGUUCUUCAUGAUGAUGUGCAUGUACCUUCUGCCACUUAUCGCAUCUGGCCCAAACACCAAAGAGUUUUACAAGAAGUAUUAUGCCGAGGUUCAGAAGCACUGGUGGGAUCUGCUUCUUCAGGCACGAAAUUGGAGAGGAGACUCUGAAACGUCCACCAUGUUGCACUUGUGGUACCUUUCUUCAGACUUUCAACUAUUUGUAGUGGCUGUCAUUGUCAUUCAGACGUGCAGGACGCGAAAUCGGCUGGCUGCUUUCAUUUUUGUUAUGCUCUCACUCGGUUCCUGCGCCAUAGCAGCGUGGCAAAUAUACGGCACUAACAUGACGCCAUUCAUGGUGCUGGUGCAAGGUUCGUACAGCACUGUCAUAGACACGAUGAACCACUACUACAUGCUUCCGUUCUACCAUGGAGUCUGCUUCUUCUCUGGAUGCAUCACGUUUCUGAUCGUAGAGCAAUACGGCAAGGCCAGCAUUUCGAAGAUGACCCAGGUUUCUCUCUGGUGUCUGUGUCUCUUCUGCGGCCUGUAUUGCCUGUUCAUGAAGAUUGAGUGGUACAGCAAAAGUGAAGAAACUAGUGAGACGAAGAAGUUGUUCCAUGCUUUCACUGACCGAAUUAUCUGGUCUGUGUGCGUCGCGUGCGUCACGUUCACCUGCGCAACUGGCCGUGGAGGAAUUGUGAACCAGUUCCUUUCCUGGAACGGAUUCGUGCCGCUGAGCCAUCUGUCAUUCGGAGUGUACCUCAUUCACUACCCAGUGUUCCUCCUCACGCACCACGUCGCCAGGGAACGCAUCUUUUAUUCCCAUUUCACUUUGGUAUCCCAAUGCUUCGCGGUCCUUGUUUGGAGUUACAUCCUGAGCUACUUACUCUUCAUCGCAUGCGAAGCACCAACUGGUCACCUCGAAAAACUUGUGUUCAUGAGAGAACGACCUACCGGUGCACCACGCACAAACGGCAUGGCAAAUGGUGCAAUGCAAAAUGGCGCAUGCGACAACAACACCAACCACCUCGCCGUCAGUAUCAUCGCUACCGGUACAAUCAAGAGGUUUCUCAGCCGGGCUCCUACAUCGAAGGGCGCAGCCGUAGCAGGCACCGAAGCAAGGCGCGCCAUCAAGUGCAACAGAUUCUGACGGACACUGCGUGAAUAAUCUCCUCUCUACGGACUCUACAAAGUGCUUCUACUGUGGAAACUUUAUUCGCCCUGUGCCUCUUGUGAAUCACGCUGAGGUGGACGCGAUUAACCUCGAAAAAGGCACUCUUCCAACUUUUGGACGCUAUAGGUGUGCAGGUGUGAAGAAUGCUUAAAAAGAAGAUCGUUAUUGUAUAGCCGAUAUACUUACCUUAAUUAAAUCAAUUUGCCAUUAGUCUUUACUCGCAACCACGAACUCUUCGGGCUUUUGACACACCUUGCUGUCGGCUAGCACUUCAAUGCUCACCCCACUGCCGAGUCACGUGUAAGUGGCUAGCAGCUGUGUUAUUUUGCUAGCCACCAUCAUUUGCUUUAUGGGCAGCCGUUGAAGUGAUACUUGCAUUGAGGACGUUUAGUGUCAGCUAGAAGGUUGCAUGAUCAGAUUGCAUCAAUGUAGAAUGGAUGCCCUUCUUGCCUGGUAGAAGCAUUAAAUCACUGCACGUAUAUGCAAAAUAGGCCCACUGCUGCUCCAUAAAUAUACGUCUUGCCACUCACCAUUUCAUUAGCACAUCAACACAUCUACAAUUACCUUCCUUGUGAUAAACUGUUUUCUCUUAAGAAAGUAUAGAACACUUGUCCUACAACCACAGACGACAUCGACCGCAGUUGCAUGAAGGUCCAUGCAUUUAUUGCCCAUACACAAAGAAAACUGAUUUUUGAAUAUGCCUAUCACGAAUACGUGUUUAUAAGUAGGACUGUGCCACCAAAUGAUAAAGGACAUUUAUGAUUCACAACAUUUCUAUGUUGCACUGACCCUGUUGUGGUUUUUUUCUCACAUGGAGCUUCACUUUGUACCCACGAUAUGUUCUCUUAAUGCAUACUGUCCAACUUUGCAUAGAUGAGCAUUGAAAACUUUGCUAGGAGCAACCAUUGUAAGCUGUAAGUAAAGUAUGCAAUAAUAUAUUUGUGUUCCAUUCACCCAGCACUUGCAAGAAGUUCCAUGUUAUGUAAGAUAGAAUAACGCCAUUCGUUCAUUUGCUUUAGAAGUUACACAGCAAAAUUUAUAUACGCCUUUACUAACAUAGUCGUCGACUUGUAAGUGCUAUGUUGUGCUUUAAAAUAUAUUGCCUAGGAAGAUUGACCACAUAUACUUAGUGCCAUUGUGACGCCUUAAAACACUCUAGCUCGAAGCGGCUAGUAAUUUGGGGCACUAUCAAAAGUGACGCUUUUAAAAGUGUCAUAACAACCCGGUAGAUUCACGGUGUUGUAGGGAUAACGAUACGUGCCAAUUUAUAAGACAUUGAUAAAAAUAUUUCGUAUCACAUUAACCUGUCAUGAAUAAAUGUAAUAUGCCUUCCUUUGCUCCGGUUCUAGUAAUGUAUAAACUACACAAAUGUUGUUACAGAUAAAAGUGAGUGAGCACCGAUCGUGUUGAGAAAUAAACAAAUUGUUAUACUCCCACAA